CUUAGGUGACUAGGGUUUCUUUUCCUUCCAUCGGCGCCGUCGCCGGUCCACCUCGCCUCCCAUGUCCUUGGGCCGUGGUGGAGCGGAGGACCUCGGCCCCUCGCCUGCGAGAGGGAUCCCGCUCUCAUUCUUGUUCGUUUCAGUGUCUCGGUUGAGGCUGUGUGGUGGCAGCGCUCUCCCCUAGUAGGAAUAAUAUCUCCCACACCCAAUCCCUGUCCCGAUGGUGCGUCUAACGUCAUCGGAGGGCAUGUGGUGGCGUGUCUCCGUCAGAUCUCGCGGGAUUCAAUCGGUGCUAGUCUUUGGUGAUCUGCUUGGAUCUUGUUAUCAUUAUUUAAACGAAUUCUCAAUUCAUAAACAAAUUGUACUUUUGAAUUGUGCCAAAACUCAAAAAUGAGCAAAGGUCGUCUCAAUUUUUUAUUUGAAUCUGAAUUCAACGAUAGUAUCGGUGAUGUGGCAGAUAUGCACGAAGUUUCUUUUAAAAUUAGCCCAAAGUUUGUAUGCACGAAUGCAACGCACAUUCGAAAAAAAAAAUAUUCCCGCUCUCGUCUAAACUAUGGGUCAUGACAGCCUCCUUCCUGAAAAAAAAAAAGAAAUUCCAUCCAUGGAAUUGUUGAUGGCCUUUCCUUCCUGAAGACAUCGUUGUGGUGCUCCUCUACGUGUCUGGGUUCCGGGUGAGAACCUUUGUUCAUUGUGGACUUGACAGUGGCGAUGUUUAGCACCGUUCUCCUUCCUGAGGCGUUAUCAUGAAGCUUAGGUGUUAUAGAGCGUAGUAUGGUGUUGUAAUCAAUUUCACAUGUGCUUUCCCUGGACGGCAUAGUCGCGUGCAUCUUACAUGGUCCGCUUGUCCUCGGAGGGUUAUCAUAUAUAUGACCCUAUAUCAUUCGAUCGUGUACUUCAUUCGGUUGUUGAUUUAUAUUUAAAAAGGGGCAAAAGCCUGUUUCAAAAACUAAGAUAAAAAAUGGUACUAGUAGCUGAUCGAGGACCGCUGAUCAGUUGAAUUUGACCUAUUGUAUCCAGGCAUUUUGUCUCGUUCAUGCUGAUAUUGUUAACGAAUCGAUCGACUGGGUCUACGUGGGUAUCUCCGCAGCCGCGUCUUCGGAGAAGACUGCAACAUGGCCAAUCGACAAUAAUUGGGUUGGUCGCGUCGUCCUGGAAUUCAGAUCUCGUCACAAGUCAUUGUUUAAUGUCUCUCCAUUACUGGGUAGCCUGCCCAUCGGAAAAUUCAAGGAGCGCAUGUGAUUGUGAUUGUGAUCAGGACGCGCUUACAUCUACUUGCCCAUUAGGGCACUUGUAUUAGUCUACUCACUGCGAGCUCAACUGCCGCUGCAACGAAUCUUCUCACGACUAGCUUCGUUGGGAUCGCUCCUCAUACUGAUGACUCUGGUCUCUGCUUGCACACCCGCACCCACUGCGUGCGUGUAUAUAAGGCAGCAUUGCAUCUACUAAAGAUCGAUCAGUUGCUACCCCAACCAUUCUAGCCUUGCCUCGAACACCAACAUUUCCCCAUUAAGUUCCCGGCCGUUUCUCCUUCACAGCAGCAGCAAGCAAUGAAGCAAAAGAUUGUCAUCCAGUUGAGCAUGUCGUGCGACAAGCGCCGGUCCAAAGCAUUGACCCUGGCUGCCAGAGCUGCCGGGGUGACGUCGAUGGGGAUAACCGGCGACGCGAGGGACCAGCUGGAGGUGGUCGGCGAUGGCGUCGACCCGGUGUGCCUCGUCAGCUGCCUCCGCAAGAAGCUCGGCCACGCCCAAAUCAUCAAGGUGGAGGAAGUGAAGAAGCCGGAGGAGAAGAAGAAGGAUGAGCCGAAGCCAGAGCCCGUGCACCCGCCGCCGUACUACUGCUACCCGCCCAGCUCCUACUACCCCCACCAGUAUCCGCUCUACUUCUGACCAUGUAACUGCCGGACCAUGCAU